AUGCCUCCGCCGUGGCACCCCCUCCCGUCCUCCCUCCCGCCCGUCCACCUCUACCGCCAUCUCCUCCGCGAGCUGUCUUAUUUGCCUCCGGCCUUCCGAGCCACAAUCGAAUCUACCAUUCGCGAGAGAUUCCACAGGCAUCGUCGAUAUGAUCCUCGAGCCAAGGCCCAUCUUUCCCGAGCAAUGGCGGUCCUGCGGACGCUCAGAGCCGCCAACAGCGGGGACCAAGAUGCCAUGCAGGGCCUGAUCUCCAAAGCGUUCGCGAGGUCCGGCGUCCGCAGACGGGAGCUACUAUCUCAGCUCCUCAAACCCCAAGGGCCUGAUGACUCGCAGGCCCUCGAAAAAUUUCUGGCCGAUGGCAGUCCACCCAGUUCCCAGGCCAUGGAGGAGCAGCCCAGGAAGCUCAAGCAUGCGUUUCUCGAAAAAUGGGAUCACCCCAAGCUACUACAAAUUCUCAAGUCUCAAAAGCAGCAGCAGGGUCAAACCAAGAAUACGAGCAGUUGGCCUGGCAGCCCGGUCAAGGGCGUCGAUGACACCCAGUUUGUACCCAAACGCGACAUAUGGGGCAAGCCUCCGACCGAGAUCCUCGUCCGAGCAAGGCGAGCCCGCUGGUGGAAACUGGCUGUCGACCGCAUCAUGCCCCCCCUCGGCCGAGGUGAGUGGGAUUUACUUGGCCGGCUAAGUGCUGGCACUCAAAAGGAUGCAGAGUGGGCUAUCCCCGAGAGGAGACAACCCGUCCACGCGCUCGUUGUGCAGGACAAAGACGCAUCACCUAGCUGGGAUUGGAAAACCUAUGCCACGCAGCCCGCAUGUGUAGCUGAGAAGCCCAAGUCGCUGUUCAACCAGCGACGGUCUGGACAGAGGGACAGUGGGCCGCAUGCUCUGCGAGAACGCGUUUCGACGAUAUCGCCCCGCUGGUUCCGAAGGGCUUACAACCGGACGUGGCAGUUGACUCCGACCAUGAGCCAGGACCCAAACACGCUCAAGUACUCGUUUAAAUGGGGUCAGGCUCCGUCGAGAAUACCGUCGGCGAGGAGCGCACAGCUCGAGAUUUUCCAAGGCGUCGAUGGACGAGGCCGUAAGACAAGCAAGGGCUCGGCAACUUGA